UUUAUGUUAGCUGCUACAUAUCAUUUACCUUAUGGACGAUCAGGAGAUGACUAUGUUACUGAUUUGAUCGAUGAAAAUUUAGUAAAAAGAGAAGCUAAAGCAUUACGACAUUCACUUGAUCACCUUGUUGAACAUCGAAAUAUUCAAGUAACCUGCUUGUUAAGUGGCUGGGAGGUAACGAGUCUUUCAAAUGCUAGAACAGACUUUGUUACAUCAAAAGUUGUAACUCAACAUUAUAAUUGGAAAGGCAUACGUUUAGCGACCAGAAUUUUAGACAUGAAGAACUCUGGAAUUAUAAUUGACGCCUUCAUUGCAAAAAUUAUGAAACGAGAUAAGUUUAUCUGA